CUCUACACUCUCUCUCUCCUCUUUUUCUCUAUAAAUACGACCCUGUCCCUCUUUUGAAGCUUCUCUUCCCUUUUGGGGUUUUUUCUGGAGGCUGAGGGGGCGAGAGAAGGGGCAAUCCUUUCUGAAGAUAACUCAAAUCAAACAUUGAGACUUCGAGGAUCUGAGAACACGUACAGAAACCCAUAUUUACACACACAAAAAUAUAUAUAUAUAGAGAAAGAGAGGUACACACAGAGAGACACCUUCGCAUAUUUGUUGCUUUCUGUGCUCUCUCUAUUCGAUCUUCUGUAUCUCUUCUCGUAAUGUCUACUUUUUAUCAGACCAUGUCUUAAAAACCCAAUAGUACUUCACGUUUUGUCCGUUGAUUUAUUAUAAUUUACACUCCCCACCUUCGAGCCUUUCAAUCCCUUCUUGCAACUCUUUGGGUGUGUUUUCAAAUUGGGUUUUUUUUAAAAAUAAAAAAUAUAUAUUUUUAUGGGUUUGAUGAUUUAAAUGUAGGGUUUUUCUUUUUUCUUCUUCUGUGUUUCGUGCUUGAUUUGUUUUUGUUGAUUUGAUCUUUUCAGAUCGCUACUGGAAUUAACCCUAAUUGCAUUUUUAAAUUAUUAGGGUUAUUAUAAGAAUAAAAACCAGAUUAUUGUUAAGAACUGAGCAUUGCAAUAGUAUAAACAUUGGUUAGUUGAAUCUUGUGUAGUGUUGGAGUUUCUGGGAGUUCAUAUUGUGGAUCCAGUAGCUCCGGUUGUGAGUCUGCAAAUUGAAUCUGCACAAGGAUUCGAUGAAGAUUGGAUUUGAACAAUGGAAUCAGAUGGGUUUUAGAGUUUGCACAUGUGGUUUUUGAAGAGUUGACAAGUUUUGACAUUCCAAGGUGAUGGUUAUCUAUCCACCUGGUAGGACAGACAAAGCAUCAGAUUGCUAUAGGCACUCUUCAUUAGUUACUGUAGAUUUGAUCAGUGCUUGUUUCAUUUUUGCAAUCUCUGGUUCCAACAGAAGGAGUUCAUUGUUUAAUUUUGGAAAUUUUGAUUUGGGGUCGAUUGGAGAAGAUCAUGGAGCUAUGUUCUAGCUGGAGAUGACAUGUUGCAUGGACAAAAGAGCUGUUUUUGGUCUUUUUCCAUUUUGGAACAGCCUUACCGGAUACUAGAUAAAGCUUUUCAGUUGGUGGAAGGUGUCACUUUUGCCAUUUCUGUGAUCACGCGUGCAAUGUCUCGCUGCUUUCCAUUUCCGCCUCCAGGAUAUGAAAAGAAGGCUAGACUUGAUGAUACAAACUUGCUAACAAAGGAGAAACCCAAAGAGAAAAAACGCAAGGAUAAGAAGGACAAAGAAAAGAGUGAACGUAAAGAAAAGAAGGACAAAGGGAGCAGCGAAGAAAAGCAAAAAGAAAGGAAAGACCGAAAAGAGAAGCACAAAGACAGGAAGGACAAGGAUAGGGACAAAGAAAAGAAAAGGACCUCGGACGAGAAGAAAAUUGUAGGGCCACCAGAGUGUUACAAUGGUGGGAAGCUUGAUACAACCUGCCUGCAGAAUGGUGAGACUAAGGAUUCUAAAUUUUUGCAGGAGUUGGGCAAGAGAAUCAGGGAUGAAGGUGGAGCAAGAGAAAACGAGAUGGUUCAGAAGAGUGCUGCCACAGAACAAAGAAAAGCUGAACUGCCAAGGAAGGUGGUGGAGAACCAUAUUGGCAAUUCGGCAGAAGGAAAAGAGAAGUAUAAGAGACAAGAUGAUAAAAGGGCUAAUGGACAAACAGACAAAGUUGAGGCAAGAGGUAUGGAAAGUGCUGCUGUUCAGAAUUGCACCAAGAUGGAUCAAGAAAGGGUUGAAGGAGUGGUUAUACCAGUAGACAAUGAUGCCAAGAAGCAGAGGGAAGGGAAAAAGAGGAACAAAGACAAGGAUAAUGAUAGUAGAGGUGAUAGAAACAAGGAUAAAGAACGAGGGAAGAAAAAAAAGUCGAAGAAUAAGGAUAGGGAUAAGGAGAGGGAAAAGAAGGAGAAAGCAAAGGAGAAGGAAUCAAAUAAAGAGAAUCCCGAAUCAAGAGAAAGCUGCAAAGAUUCUUUAGAUAUACACAAUAUAAAACCUUCAUACCUUUUGAAGGAGAACAAGAAGAGUUCUACCAGUGAUGGAAAUCUUGGCAAAAGAAAGGAGCAGGCUAUGAAUGGAUUUUUACAUGACAGUGACACUCGGCCCAAUAAGUUAUCAAAACCUGUAUCUUCCUUCCAUCAAGACGUGGAACUUGGAAGGAAAUUGGAACCUUGCCAAACCACACUCCAGUUUGCAUCUGAGAGUCCGGGGGCAGCCAAUAACCUCAAGGUGGAGAGUAAAGUUUCUUGCUCUCACCCAGCCCUGGAAAAUGGUAGAAAGCUGGAAUUGCACCAACUCACCAUCCAUUCUGCAUCGCAGAUGCAGGGGACAACCAAUAACCACGUGAAAGAUAACAAGGAAACCAGGAUUAAUGGUUCCAUACAGGCUCAACAACCAAAUGUUUGCUCAACGAGGCCCUUGUUUGUUUCUAUACAUUCUAAGGCAAAAGUUGAAGCAUCGGUGAGACCUCCACACCAUAAAGUGGAUAAUAAGGUUUCUUCUUCUCACCCAGUCUUGGAAAAUGGGAAGAAGUUGGAAGUGCACCAACUACCGAUUCAAUCUACAUCAGAGAUGCAAGGGGCGGUCAAUAACCACAAGAAAGAGAACAAGGAACCCAAGAUUAAUGGUUCAAUAGCGGUACAACAACCAAAUGUGUGCUCAAUGAAGCCUUUGUCUGCUCCUGUAAAAGCCAAGGCAAAAGUUGCAGUGAAACCUCCACACCCUGAUUCCAAGUAUUUGAGCCAAAUUCUUUAUGUACCCAAGAUUGAAGCAUGGUCAGAUUUUGAUGACCAAGACUGGUUGUUCGGCAAUGAUAAUCUCCAGCUAAAGAAGCCUAAAUUGGAUUCUUCAAAGGUUGAUGGGACACCGAAUGUGUGGGAUGAAGUUCUAAGGAUGGAGUCUGCAGAUGUUACUGCGCUGCCCUACGUCAUUCCUUACUAAUUGGUAUUCAAUGGAUUCAAUUCCCCUCUAUCAUCCUCCAAAUUGGCAACCCCUUCCCCUCCCUCAUCCAGGAAGCUAUGCAGAAUGGCCUCGAGGUUAAAGGGUUAUGCUGCAUUUUCCUUUUAUUACCCUCCCAGAUCAGUUCAAUGAUUCAAAUGUGCUGGUUUCUGACUGCAUUAAAUACAAUUGCUUGAUCUCCUUGUCCUGUAAGUGUUUCCAUAUGGAUUCAGGUUUCACAACGGCUGCUUUGCUUCCUUUCCUCAAUUGGUGCAUUUCUGCCUGACUGUGGUCAUGAAAGGGUCGGUGGAAGAAGUCUUCUUUGGCUUCACAGUUAAGAUCUGAUGAGAUGUUCCGACUCAGUUGCUGAAGCACGGCUAUAUUGUUGAAGAGUCGGAUGGUUCGGUAUACUAAUUCUUUGAGAAUUCAUACAACUGAAAUAUGAUAGAAUUGCUGUGGUGUUUUUUGCACCACUACAAAAUUUUGGCAUGUAAUAUAUAGAUCUCAUAAACUGAUUUUUGAGUAUAUAAAAGAGAAAAAUAGAGAAGAGGCAGUCUCAUUUCAUGUAU